GCCGAAAAUCACCUUGUCGCCUAACACCGCAUGGCGUCUGGUAUAUACUUCAGCGAUUUUGGAUUCUUGAACUGUUUCGUUUUUCAUGGUUCCUCCUUUUCCACAACACUCACCUCUCCACAUUGUGACGACAACCCGAAUUCGGAAGACAUGGCGGUCAGCAACGACCCGCUGGUCAGCAGCAACGGUGUGCCCAAAACAGAGCGCGAUAUCCCAGACUCGGUACAGGGCGUGAACCAGAUCGACGAGAAGAACGAUGCGGUGCGGUCGAGCUCCUCCGAUCCCGAGGUGGCGGCGAAGAGCGACGAUGGCCCCGUCAGGACAGUGACCGGCUUCAGGUGGUUCUUCGCUUACAUGUCGGUUCUCUCCACCGUCUUCCUGUUCGCCCUUGAUGGCACCAUCGUUGCCAAUGUCCAGCCCCAAAUUGUCGACACCUUCGGUGAGGUCGCUAAGCUACCAUGGAUCGGUGUGGCCAUGAGUCUCGGUACCAUCUCCAUUCUUCCCCAUGGUAAAGCUCUCGCGAUAUUCAACGUCAAAUGGUACUACCUCGUCUGUGUCGCCGGCUUCGAGGUCGGGAGUGCCGUCUGCGGCGCUGCGCCUAACAUGAACGCCUUGAUCGUUGGUCGCCUCAUUUUGGGUAUCUUUGGAUCCGGCGUCUAUUCGGGCUCCCUCACCGUCGUCGCCCUCCUCACCACCAACCGCGAGCGACCGUUGUACUUCUCCGGAAUAAUUGCGAUUUGGGGCAUUGGCAGCGUCAUCGGUCCCGUCAUCGGCGGUGCCUUCGCAGAGAGCAGCGCGACCUGGCGAUGGGCCUUUUACAUCAAUUUGCCCGUGGCCGCCGUCUUCAUCCCGGGCUUCCUCUUCUGUAUCCCCUCCAUCAACCCGUCCCCCCUGCCGUUCGCCAAGAAACUCCGCACGCAGGAUUGGGUCGGCAUCACUAUCUUCGAGGGUGGUUCUGCCUGCUACGCCAUGGCCAUUACCUUCGGCGGCAUCGUGUACUCCUUCAGCAGCGGUCAAGAGAUUGCCUUGUGGGUUAUGACGGGUGUCUUGCUGAUCACAUUCAUCCUGGUCGUCAUCUAUCACCCGUUCGUUUCCAAGGAAAACCGGCUGUAUCCGGGUCAUUUCCACAAGCGGCUGGAGCUCAACAACCUCCAGCUCCAGCUCUUCGUUGUCUCGGGCACCAUGAUGACCAGCGUUUACUACAUACCCCUGCUCUUCCAAUUCACCAGGGGUGACGGCGCCUUGGACGCUGGUGUGCGCCUCUUGCCCAUCAUGAGCAUGAUUGUCGCCUUUUCCAUCCUCAACGGUUAUUUCAUGCCCAAACUCGGCUACUACAUGCCGUGGUAUGUCUUUGGCAACGCCGUGAUCCUGGCCGGCUCUACCUGCAUGUUCCGAGUUGACGUCAACACCCCCGACUCCCACAUUUACGGUUUCACCGCUCUCAUCGGCAUGGGUGUCGGCUCCUAUCUCACAGCAGGCAUCGCCGUCGCCCAAGCACUAGUCCAACCCCACGAAAUCAGCGACGCCGUAGGCUUCAUGACAGCUGCGCAAAACAUGGGCCUGAUCACCUUCCUGGGCGUGGCCGGCGCGCUGUACAUCAUCAUCGGCACCGCGAGCCUGGGCCGCGUGCUGCCCGACCACUCGUACGACGACCUGCUGCAGUUGACGACGGGUAUCCACGGCACCAUCUUCCAGCACCUGACCCCGGAGCAGCAGGUGCAGGUGGUUGACCAGGUGACGUUUGCCACGCGCAACCCGUUUGGGCUGGUCAUGGCUGCGAGCGCGGUUACGUUCGUGUUGUCGCUGUUUUUGGGGCGCAAGAAGCUUUACUAGGUUCUGUUGACUGGGGACGGAACGGAGCCGGUUCUACGGGGGAGACAUCGUGAGGUAGGAAGGCAAGUCAACUCAACCUUGCCUUACCGACGCGUACUUUGUUUUAGCAGUUUCGGUUGAAUACGCGGGUGGACGGAAGGAGAAUGGAAAAAGGCAAUCGGGAUGUGCAUAAACGGAAAUACCUUUAUUAAUGAGAUCGUAGACAUUCCC